UGACGGCACCGGCUUGCUCACCCUGGCCUCGCGGCCCCGCUCGCGCCCCCUGCAGCACGCGCGACUCAAGCACUUUUUUUUUUUUUUUUUACCUUCCCCGCGGGAAUUCAGUGCGCAGGGCACAUGAGCUGCGCCUUCUCUUCGUCCUGCCGGAAGCCUGCAGGUGGCGCUGUUACACACCGGGGAGGGGCCACCCUGGGGCCUGUGCUGGGACCCGCACCUGAAGGGGGGAACAGCAAAUUGCGGCUGCCGGCAGGCCCCGCCCCCCAGCAGCGGCAGGCCCCGCCCCCAGCUCCCGGCGGGCCUUGCGGCAGCGGCCGGCGCGCUCGGUGCUCGGGUCCCGGCGUGGAGCGGGGCGGGCCCGCGCUGGAGCUGAAGCUCCCGACGGGGCCUUCCGCCGGAUGUGCUCAGGCCAGUGUGCGGAGAUCUGGAGAUACGUCACCCGGCAUGUGCACCACCAGAGGAAUGUGAAGAAGAUCCGAGGGAACUUGCUGUGGUAUCCUUUCCUCGUUCCCCUUUGCCGUGGGGGCUUGUUACUAUGGGCAGCUUUUUCACCAAGGGGCCCAUCCAGCCCAGUGUCCUGCCCCGUCCCUGCCUAGACCAAGCCCCUGGGCCCAUCCAGCCCGGUGUCCCCUAUGCCCUAUAGGAGCGGGUUUAAUUUCCUUGCCGACCCUUGGCUGGCGUCUGUCUCCUGGCCUUGGACCUCGAAGCCUGCUGGCUCCGAGCUCUCCCUGACGUCUGUGUGUCUGUCCGUCUGUCCAGGCCUCUGUCACUCUCUACGUUCAGCCUCCUUUACUCAGGCCUUGCCUCAGGUACCAGCAUCUGGAGGAGGCAGAGGUGAGGGGGCCGGUGGAGACUGCUGGGUGGAUAGGGGCGUGUGGGUGAGGGCUGUGGGUGGGAUGGGACGGGACGGGUGUUGUGGAUGGGAUUGGGUGUUGCUGUGGCGGGUGGGGGAGUCGGUAGGGGAUGGUAAUCUGGAUUUGGAGGGGCGGGGAAGGGGAUCGGGGUGCUGUGAGAUGGGAUAGAGUGGGUCAGGGUAGGGGAUGGGGUCGUGGGGCAAGGUGAGGAUCAGGUGGUGCUGCGGGGUGGAAUAGGGUGGGAGCAGUGGGUGGGAAGUGAGUCGGGGUGGGAUCGUGGUGCAGAGGGGUCCUAUGGCAUGGGAUAGGGUGGGGGAGAGUGGGUGCCUUGUUGCUGAGCUGUGGAUCUGGGAGAUGAGGGUGGGGGAUUGGGAUUGGGGUGCUGCAGGGUGG